CCCUAAAACCCUAAUAAACCGAAACCCACCCCAAGACUUCCUGUCCUCCUCCCAUCAUAUAUAAAUACUGUAACUCUGAAACCCUAGGACUAACUCUCUUCGCAGCUGCCGCCUUCACCAUACCCCUUCGCACAACCCACUCUCGCUUGCGGAUAUGACGACCCGCUUCAAGAAGAACCGCAAGAAGAGAGGCCACGUCAGUGCCGGGCACGGCCGUAUCGGAAAACACAGGAAGCAUCCCGGUGGUCGUGGUAACGCCGGAGGUAUGCACCACCACAGGAUCCUCUUCGACAAGUAUCAUCCCGGUUACUUCGGGAAAGUCGGUAUGAGGUAUUUCCACAAGCUCAAGAACAGGUUCCAUUGCCCCAUCGUCAACAUCGACAAGCUCUGGUCCAUGAUUCCCCAGGAGGUGAAGGAUAAGGCAGGAAAGGAUGGCGCUCCGAUGAUUGAUGUCACUCAGUUUGGCUACUUCAAGGUCCUUGGGAAGGGGGUUUUGCCUGAAAAUCAGCCCAUCGUUGUGAAGGCUAAGCUCGUGUCCAAGACAGCUGAGAAGAAGAUUAAGGAAGCCGGUGGAGCUGUCGUCCUCACUGCCUAGAGCUAGAGGUCUUCUUUCUUUAGGGCUUUUUUCAAAUUUCUCAUCUACACAAUGUUGAAACUGUUGGGAGAAUCGAUCUAUUUCCUUUUCUUAUUAUAAAUGUUUUAUCACUCAUCGACCAAUGUUUUGAUGGAUUUUGCUAUGAAUGAGGUUUCAAGUUCAUGCAAAGCUAGAUCUGUGUUACAAAUCUGCUUACCACAGUGACAAUUUUGGUGUUGCUGGUUUGUGAUUCUGGAUGUUCGAUGAUGGGCCAAGUUAGAUGACUUCAGACUGCGAUUGAAUUGGGUUCAUUUUUAUUUAGCCAACUGGGCAAUGUGGAUUGAAAAGCUGCCCAUGAUUUCCUCUUAUCUGAACCUUUUAUUAUUUGAGGGUUUGUGCUUAGGUGACUAGUUUGGUUUAAUUAUUUCCAUUGCUUUUUUCCACAAAUUUUAUGCUUGCUGUGACCUGUUAAUGACAGCCUAGUUAUGUUAUGCAGUUAGUAUAUGCUAAUUAAUAUUCAAAAUGUAU